GAGGGUGGCCGGGAGUCUGUCGUCGACAUUCUUGGUGAAAUUGGUUUGAAGCGAGAGCGUCUGCGACCUCCUUGUAGGGCUAGCAAUUAUCGGUCACGUACAACGGGUGUGUGUUUGGAGCCUGUAGCAUGUGGUGGAGUAGUCUUUUUUUUUUCCCUAAUUAUGACCUUCUUCUGUUGUAAUUCUAUACAUAAUUUUUUUCAUGCUAUAUCAAUAUGAAUCUUCUUGUGUUGUCUUGUGCGGGUCAUUCAGAAAAAAACACUAUUAGUAAGUGGGAAACUAGAGGCCGACCGGAGGUUUCUUUCUAUCGUUGGGAGCCUCUCUGCCUUCCGACCUCCAUCGAAUUGGGUGCAGACCAGCAGCAGCCAAUAAUUAAGGUCGUCGGCCGUAUAUAUGAUGAUGGAGAAUAGCAGGGAGCAGCAGCCGGAGUCGUCGCCGGCGAACAACAAUAGCAAGAAGAAGAAGAAGAAGAAGACGGCGUCGCGGUUCCGGCGUGUGUGCGUGUUCUGCGGCAGCAGCCCCGGGAAGAAGGCGUCGUACCAGGUGGCCGCCGUGCAGCUGGGGCAGCAGCUGGUGGAGCGCGGCAUCGACCUGGUGUACGGCGGCGGCAGCGUUGGGCUGAUGGGGCUGGUGUCCCGCGCCGUCCACGGAGGCGGCGGGCACGUGGUGGGCGUGGUGCCCAAUGGCGUGCUGCCACGCGAGCUGAUCGGCGAGACGCUGGGGGAGGUGAGGGCGGUGGGAAGCAUGCACCAGCGGAAGGCGGAGAUGGCGCGGGAGUCGGACGCCUUCAUCGCCCUCCCCGGCGGCUACGGCACGCUGGAGGAGCUCCUCGAGGUCAUCACCUGGGCUCAGCUCCGCAUCCACCACAAGCCCGUCGGCCUCCUCAACGUCGACGGCUACUACGACUCCCUGCUCGCCUUCAUCGACAAGGCCGUCCACGAAGGCUUCGUCUCGCCGCCCGCCCGCCGCAUCAUCGUCGCCGCACCCACCGCCUCCGACCUGCUCUGCAAGCUCGAGGAAUACGUGCCGCCGCCGCACGACGCCACCGCCCUGAAGCUCACCUGGGAGAUGUCCACCGUAUCGGAGCAGCACGCCGGAAGCAUCUACUCCCCCAAGCCCGACAUGGCACGCUAGCUAGCUAGCUAGCUACUCGAUCCACUUCAUUAUUACUUAUCUUGUUUCUUCUCAUAUAAUCUUGCUGCUAAUUAUUUCUUCCAUAUAUUAAUUCCCUAUAUAUAUGUAUAUAUACUCGAUCGUACUAUAUUGUAUACAUCAUCAAUUACUUGUAACUUCAAUUAAUCCUAGCUACAUCGAAGAGGCAGGCGGCCCUAGUUAGUUUUCCUGUACUAGAAGCUAGUUAAUUUUCCUCUAUGGAGUGUUAUUAUGAGUUGAUUGAGUUGGGAGUAUUAAUUUGUUCUCUCAUCA